UUUCCUCUAUGGAGAAGGUUCUCUACAGUUCAUCAGUUUUAGCUGCAAAACCAAAACAAAGAAUCUGCGUCAUCGAUUGCUCCAAAUCGAUUGUCAUCAAAUAUAAUUUCGUCGCAUUUUUGUAGGACGAUUCGCUUGGAAAUGUUUCUCAAGAAAAUGUUCUACAAGGCAACAUCGUCUCUGCUUUUCCUUCUCCUACGACUAGUUUUAUCUGCAAAUGGCCAAGUUUUCUACUACCAGCCAGAGCAGAUUCACCUUGCUUUUGGGGAGUCCACCAACGAAAUUACAGUUACAUGGAGCACGAUGACCGCAACGAAUGAAUCGAUUGUAGAGUACGGAAUCGGUGGCUUGGUUUUGAGAGCUACUGGAUCAGAGGAAAAGUUCGAAGACGGGGGACCUAAAAAACAUACCCAGUAUAUCCACAGAGUGGUACUGAAAGAUCUUGAACCUGCAGUGCGAUACGAGUAUCACUGCGGCAGUAAUGUCGGCUGGUCACCAGAGUUUUACUUCCACACGGUCCCGGAAGGGACCGAUUGGUCUCCAUCGUUAGCAAUUUUCGGAGAUAUGGGUAACGAGAAUGCCCAGUCUAUGGCCAGACUGCAGGAGGAUACGCAACGCCACAUGUACGAUGCGAUCAUCCAUGUCGGAGAUUUUGCAUACGAUAUGAAUUCUGAGAAUGCUGUUGUGGGAGAUCAAUUUAUGAACCAGAUCGAAUCAAUUGCGGCAUACACACCGUAUAUGGUGUGCGCUGGAAAUCACGAAGAAAAAUACAACUUCUCCAACUAUCGUGCCCGCUUCAGUAUGCCCGGUGGCACGGACAGUUUGAUGUACAGCUUCAACCUCGGUCCGGUUCAUUUCAUUGGUUUCUCCACCGAGGUGUACUAUUUUAUGAACUACGGUCUGAAAACACUGGUAGCUCAGUACGAGUGGCUUAGUCGAGACCUGGAGGAGGCGAACCGACCGGAGAAUCGAGCCCAGCGGCCGUGGAUUGUCACAUACGGACAUCGACCGAUGUACUGCAGCAAUGAUAACGAUAACGAUUGCACCCAUAGUGAGACACUGGUGCGUGUUGGGCUUCCAUUCACGCAUUGGUUCGGUCUGGAGGAACUGUUUUACAAGCACGGUGUGGACGUCGAGAUUUGGGCCCACGAGCACUCGUACGAGCGACUCUGGCCAAUCUACGAUUACAAGGUCUAUAAUGGCUCACGGGAGGAGCCAUAUCACAAUCCGAAAGCGCCCGUCCAUUUGGUAACGGGUUCGGCCGGUUGCAAAGAGGGCCGCGAGCCCUUCAUCCGCAAGGCACCCGAGUGGAGCGCAAUUCACAGUCGCGACUAUGGCUAUACCAGAAUGAAGGCUCACAAUAAAACCCAUUUGUAUUUCGAACAAAUUUCGGUAGACAAGGAAGGUGCCAUCAUCGACUCUUUCACUAUCGUCAAAGACCAGGACAUAGCAUCGAGGAUGCACUAUGGAAAUCACGAAGAAGAUUGAUGGGCAGCAUCAUUAUAUCUUCGAUAAUAAUCAUAUGUUUAUACUUUCCAAAGACAAACGCGUUAUAUAUCAAUUAUCAGGAUAUUAGAACAUUAUUUUCUUAGAGAAAA